AUGACUUGGAUCACUACCAUAACUCGACUGGGAGGGUGCCGGCCCAGUCGCAACCUACUGAUCAGCAAGGGGUAUCGCAUCGGUCCGAACGCCAGGGCGUCCCACACUUUUGUUCUAUACGCCCCAGACUGUAACGACCCCGAUGCGCUCUCUCGUCGACUGUCCGUUCGGGGGUCUCAUAUGGCGAAAGCCAAGGAGGAUGUGGGUCGAUUCGUGAUAAGAGGUGGUGCGAUGCUCGCACCUGACUCUGAUCUGGACGCAGUUGCGGCUGGAGGACCGAAAAAGAUGAUUGGAUCCGUAAUAUUUGUUAGAGGGAACAGUCUGGAGGAGGUAACUAAAAGGGUCAAGGAAGAUAUCUAUUAUACAUCUGGCGUGAAGAAUGGACAUUGA